AUGCGCGGGCGCCGUAACGCCGACCGUGUGGCUUCUUCGCGCAGUCCCGAGGCUACCACGUACGACGAGGACGAGGACGAUGCAGACUACAACGAGGAGGCAUACGACACGGACAACGACGCAGACUCCGGAGAAGAGCUUGACAAGGGCAUGUCCGACUCCGACGCGGAGAGCGACGACGACGACGCACCGGAAGAAUCUCAGCCCGCAACUCCGCCUGUUAGCCGCGGUCAUGGUAAGGCGGCACCGGGGGACAAGAGCGCCAUAGUUGGCGGGGAGCCACCUCGACGCGCGCCAAAGACCCGGGAGCCCAUGCCGGUGAAGCGCAGUACCGAGAAUACCGGAUGGGUCCGCGGCGUCAACUCCGUGCAGAAACAGUGGCGCAACCUCGUCCAAAUGUACGAGCAGCUGCAGAAGGCGGACAAGGCGUUCGGCAACGGGGUGGUGUGUAAGCCGCCAUGGUGGCCGUACAUGGUGUUAUUUCAGAAUAACCGUGCAGUCGCGGCGCCGCACGCCGUCGCCGCUGGUGGUGCCACACACGUGAAUGCACCGUGCGGUUUCGCGGUGCCGUCGACGUCCGCGCCAUGCACCUCAACGCCCACGUUCACGGCAAACUCAUUCGGGCCUACUGUAACAUGUGAACGUGCAGCCCCCCCUCCGGUGACGCCUCCCUCCAAGCGCCCGCGAGUAGCGGAGACGGCUACCAUGGCCGCGGCAAAACUUGUCUCCGACACCAUCAAGGAUUGCCACGCGGAUGCGAUGGCAAAGCUGGAGGGGCUCGUCCGCGCCUAG